AUGCUGAAACCCAAGGAGGGUUUAUUUCGCGGUCCCAGCUAUACAAUCAGUAACUUACCGGUGUCAAAUAAGAAUCAGCCUUUCAUAGAGGUGAAGAAUUCAACGUAUCACGGCAGCGGUCCCAGAGAAGAAGCCCGUGCGAUGUGCUCUGUCAGAACACAAGAGGUCAACGCCACCGCGAAUGCCACCAUCACUCGGAGAUUGCACGGAGUUGCUACAUCGAGAGAACUCCAUUUGUCUAUUCAACGGCUAGAAGUGAUUAUAUUUGGCCAAAUGCAACAGCUAUGGCAGAGCUUAGAUGCCUUGCGUUUACAACUAGCUGGAGACGUCCGCACCAAUGUUCCUGAUCGGCGCACAUUGACAUUUAGAUAUAGACCGGACAUUAAAUAA